UAUUAAUGCUUGCUCUUGAUAAAUUAAAACAAAGUAUGUUACAUGUGAAUAGAGUUUUUCUGUGUUCUAUUAUUCACUUGCUCUGCCUCAUGAUGGUCAAAACCAAAACACUUUCACUUGUGCUUCAUCUCUGUGUUAUGACCAUUAUGGUCACAAACCUUGCAAAAUCUCAGCAAGAAGAGUUUUUCUUCAAUGGGUUUGGUGGUGCUGCUUCCUCCAACAUAACCUUAAAUGGAGGAGCAGUGAUUGAGCACAAGGGAAUACUUCGUUUAACAAACGACACUCAGAGAGUAAUAGGGCACGCGUUUUAUCCAACCCCAAUUCAGUUCAAGCACAGAAACAAAAACGCCACCAAAGUUUUCUCCUUUUCCACCGCUUUUGCGUUUGCAAUCAUCCCACAGCACCCAAAACUCGGUGGCCACGGUUUCGCCUUCACCAUUUCGCGCUCCAGAUCGCUUGAAGAUGCGUACCCGAGCCAGUACUUGGGUCUCCUCAACCCAAACGACGUGGGGAAUUUCUCAAACCACCUUUUCGCGGUGGAAUUCGACACCGUCCAAGACUUCGAGUUCGGGGACAUCAAUGGCAAUCAUGUCGGCAUCAACCUCAACAACUUGGCAUCCAACAAAUCCGUCGAAGCCGCGUUUUUUACCUCCACAAAUAAUAAGCAGAAGCUCAAUUUGAAGAGUGGUGAAGUGACUCAAGCAUGGGUUGAUUACGAUUCCUUAAAAAACAAUUUAGAAGUUCGACUCUCCACAACUUCUUCCAAACCCACUUCACCAAUUUUGUCAUACAAAGUAGAUCUCUCACAAAUUAUCCAAGAUUCCAUGUACGUGGGGUUCUCUUCUUCAACUGGGUUACUCUCAAGCUCCCACUAUAUUUUAGGUUGGAGCUUCAAAAUAAACGGAGACGCCAAAACUCUCUCCUUGAAAAAUCUUCCUUCGCUCUCUGCCUCCAGCAAACCUCAAAAGCGAUUAAUCUUUGCACUUUCCCUUUCACUGAUCAUUCCAACAGUACUCGCAGCAACUGCUCUAGCAUGUUAUUAUUUCCUCUUGAGAAAGAUGAGGAACAGCGAGGUGAUCGAAGCUUGGGAGAUGGAAGUUGUAGGGCCACACAGAUUCCCAUACAAGGAGCUACACAAAGCCACAAAAGGAUUCAAAGACAAGAACCUCAUUGGGUUCGGAGGAUUCGGUCGCGUCUACAAAGGGGUGCUCCCCAAGUCCAACAUCGAAGUCGCGGUGAAGAGAGUCUCGAACGAAUCAAAACAAGGCAUGCAGGAGUUCGUGUCAGAAAUCUCAACCAUAGGAAGGCUACGUCACAGGAACCUCGUACAGUUGCUAGGUUGGUGUCGGAAACAAAACGACCUUUUACUGGUCUAUGAUUUCAUGCGAAACGGAAGCUUAGACAAAUACCUAUUCGAGCAACCGAAAAGAAUACUUAGUUGGGAGCAGAGAUUUAAGAUAAUAAAAGGUGUGGCUUCGGGGUUGGUUUAUUUGCACGAGGAGUGGGAGCAAACGGUAAUUCACAGAGACGUCAAAGCGGGGAAUGUUCUGUUAGAUAACCAAAUGAACGGAAGGUUGGGUGAUUUUGGUUUGGCGAAGCUUUACGAGCACGGUUCGAACCCUAGCACGACACGUGUGGUGGGAACGUUGGGGUAUCUUGCGCCGGAGCUCACACGAACCGGGAAGCCAACGACGAGCUCUGAUGUUUAUGCGUUCGGGGCUUUGGUGUUGGAGGUGCUGUGUGGGAGGAGGCCGAUUGAGGUGAAGGCGCUGCCGGAGGAGCUUGUGCUGGUGGAGUGGGUGUGGGAGCGGUGGCGCGUGGGGAACGUGUUGGCGGUGGUGGACCCCAGGUUGGGUGGGGUGUUUGAUGAGGAGGAGGCUUUGUUGGUGGUGAAGGUGGGGUUGUCGUGUUCUGCGGAGGCGCCGGAGGAGAGGCCGAGUAUGAGGCAGGUGGUGAGGUACUUGGAGAGGGAGGUGGCGCCGCCGGAGGUGCUGGUGGAGGGGAAGAAAGAAGGUGGUGGAGAUGGGGAGUUUAAGGGUUAUGCGCAUUCGUAUUCGACGGCGUCGUUUUUUGACGUGGAGAGUGAAUCUGCGUCAUCUCUGUCACUUUCCGGUGGCCGGUAGGUAAGGGGACUGUCAGCUUGCACUAGAUUCUCUUCUCUUUGCCUGUGCCUACUUAUUUUUUCUAUUUUUAGUAACUUUAUUUAUAUUUUGAGAAAUACUUCUUGGACAUAUUUUAGUGUAUACAUUGGCUACUCAUGGAUUAUUUUAGGUCAUUUUUAUAAAUAAAAUAUCAAUAUACGUAUGUUUUAAAAUA